AGAGAGAGAGAGAGGAGAGCAAGAUCGAUAACAAUGGCUUCAUCAUCAACUUAUUAUUCUCUGUUUCUUCUUAUCAUCUUCUUCACACUUGCUUCCAUUGCUAUGGCUCGUUCUCAACCAAAUCAAAUUGAAAGAGACAUAUUAGCUCAACAAGAAGCAGACCAAGUGAUGAGACUUCCAGGACAACCUUUAGUGAACUUCAAACAGUAUUCUGGGUAUAUUACUGUGAAUGAAAGUCAUGGAAGAGCACUGUUCUAUUGGUUCUUUGAAGCCACAAAUAAUCCUGAGAACAAACCUCUCCUUUUAUGGCUUAAUGGAGGUCCAGGAUGUUCUUCUAUUGGGUAUGGAGAAGCAGAGGAACUUGGGCCAUUCCUGAUGCAAAAGGGAACCCCACAGCUCAGAUUUAACAACUAUUCAUGGAACCAAGUGGCCAACUUAUUAUUUGUGGAAUCUCCGGUCGGGGUCGGGUUUUCUUAUACAAAUACAAGUAAUGACAUCAUUGAAUUAGGGGAUACAAUCACUGCUAAGGAUUCCUAUACAUUUCUGGUCAACUGGUUUGGAAGAUUUCCACAAUACAAGUCUUAUGAUUUUUAUAUUUCUGGUGAAAGCUAUGCAGGGCACUAUGUUCCUGAGCUUGCUGAAGUGAUCUUUGAUUCCAAUAAAAAUGUUUCAAAGGAAGAAUACAUAAAUUUCAAGGGUUUCAUGAUCGGUAAUGCAUUGAUGGAUGAUGAUACCGACCAGACCGGAAUGAUCGAUUAUGCUUGGGACCAUGCCGUGAUUUCUGAUCGACUUUAUCAUGACAUUAAGCAGUAUUGUGACUUCAGUGUCGAAAAUGUAACGAAUCAAUGCAACGAUGCCCUUAACGAAUACUUUGAUGUGUACAAUAUUAUUGAUAUGUAUAGCUUAUACACUCCAACAUGCGUCGACACUAAUGUGACUACAAGAACACAUCGAACGAUCGAAGGCGCUGCUCCAAAAUUAUUCUCAAAAUUUGAUAAGUGGCAUAGGAGACCAGCUGGUUAUGACCCAUGUGUGUCUGAUUACUCUGAGGUUUACUUCAAUCGACCAGAUGUCCAAGAAGCUCUCCAUGCUAAUGUCACAAAUAUUCCAUAUCCAUGGACUCAUUGCAGUAACAACAUCUCAUUUUGGAGUGAUGCACCUUCUUCCGUACUCCCAAUCAUCAAAAAACUUAUUGAUGGAGGCCUCCGUGUUUGGGUUUACAGUGGAGAUACUGAUGGUAGAAUCCCAGUAACCGCAACCAGAUACACAUUGAAUAAGCUUGGGUUGAAAAUCUCGGAGGAUUGGACUCCUUGGUAUACAAACCAUGAACAGGUUGGUGGCUGGACUAUUAUUUAUGAUGGGCUGACAUUUGUCACCGUAAGAGGCGCUGGUCAUCAAGUUCCAACCUUUAAACCUAAGAAAGCACUUCAGCUGAUUACACACUUUUUGGCCAAUGAGAAGCUUCCAUCCAAGCCAUUUUAGCCUAAUCACUCUCAAUUUCCAUUUACUUCAUUUUCUUUUAUUUUCAUUUGAAAUAAAGCCAUUUAUAUCACAAAAAUAGAUUUCCAUUUUUCAUAGUAAUUUUUCCAUUGAAAUUCCAAGGAAUUAGAAGUGUAUGUAUGUAGGGAAAGGUGUUUAUUUGUUGGAAAAAUGUAACAUUUUAAUCCAUUAUUGAUAGAUUUCAUGAAUGAUCAUGGAAAAUCUAAUUUUACCAGAUUCAA